GCCGCAAGCUGUGCGCUUGUGCGGGGAACAAAUGCAAAGACAAGACGUCAAAGAGACUGGCGGCCGAUCGAACGACACAUUCUCUUCUUGACAGCUGUAUUGACGUUGAAUUAUUUAUCAGUCGGAAGCCGCAGACGAAGGGCCAACUUUUGACAGAGCUACUUUGGAACUUAAAAACGAGAACAGCGAUGUUCUCGAGUCUGAAAAUGUAAAAGACAGCAACAAAGACCCUCUCAAUGGCACUACAAGGGGAGCCCCUGGUAUCAGUGUUCCUGGAAUUCCAUAUACUCGAAUUGACUGUCACACUUUUUUCUCAGACAGAAAUGAGGUGGUAGAAAGGGCUCUUGCCGAUUGUCAAAGGGAUCUUCUUAGCAGUACUGAGGAAGAAGAGCUUGUUGGCACAUGGCUAUUGACUGAAAUAAGUAUAUGGGAUACUGAAAAAGAGAGGCUCAUACUAUUAACAAAAAACUCGCUCUACACAGUCAAAUAUGAUCUUAUAUCAUUGAAGAUUUUAGAAUACAAUAGAGUAUCUCUGUCAGAUAUUGACACUCUUAUUGCAGGAGAACUUAUUUAUCCACCAAUUUCUCUUCUACCACGCUUAAAUGGGUUGGCCGAAGGUGUUUCUUCUCUCAUUCACAGUGCUGUUCGCCAGGAAUGGUCCUCAUUUACUUCACUCUCGAGUACUUCUCAGUUCGAGCCUAGGAGUCGAAAUAUGUUUGGUAUAAGACUGAUGUGGAAUAAAGGUCAACCCUUGUCUAUGGAUAAAAAAUGGAAUCCAUUUGCAAGAAACAUUCCAUGGUUAACAUUCACAAGCCAUCCUCUAUUUUGGCAUAAAGGAUCAGACUCUGAUAAAACUAAAUACGACGUCCAUGCUCUUCAUGCAGCACUAAAAGAUCUCUUAGAAUCGCCUUGUCAAAAGAUAGAGAAUCCUAUAAUAAUAGAAAACUACGUCGGCAUAGGUUCUCUCGUCCACAAUCGAACCGGUCUAGGUUUCUUCAAAAUUCGCGGGAAAGUCAGUUUUUAAAUCUCACCCGCCAAAUUUACAUAUCUAUAGAUUGUACCAAAAGGCUUAGUCAUUUUCCUGUCUCUGUAUUUUUUAAAAAUUUUUGUCAAUCUGUCAAAAAUCCCAUAUUUUAGCAUAUCUCUAGAUAAGUAAGUCAGAGGACAAAAUGUCUACUUUAGAACGUAAGCAACUAAAAAAACUUUUAUUGGCCUAUGCUUUCUAUCACCUGCUAAAGGUUGGUGCUGCUGUACUACUUUAUCUUGUCUGGGUCUAUGUAAAAGAUUAUGUCGGUAUCUUUUCUUAGCUAACCAUCUAGAUAACUGUCACGACUAGCUAUCCAUUUGUACAUUAUAUUGGAAUUGGAAUGUUAGAAGCAACAGGUGUCUUACAGGUUUAUCACUGCUGUGAUAGUGUGAAUGGCCUUGUUAAUGCAAUUUUUAAAAAUAUUAUAGAGAUAAUUUAAAUAAUAUAAACAAAUUUAGAAUGACCUGUGUAAUUUAUUAAUUAUUUUGACAUUUAAUAUCCCAUUUAAUAAUUAUUUUCAUGAAUUAACCUAUAAGUUAUGUUUUUGUUUAUUGUUAAUUUUUUAAACCUCACAUAUAGUUGAAGAUGAUCUGAACUAAUAAAAAUGAAAAAUAGCAACCAUUAUGCGCAGUGAGGAUGUUUUAAUUCUAGCAGUAAGAUGAACAUAGUUUUGCUAAAGCGGCAAUCAGUAUUUAUCAUUGGAUUUUUAAUAGGCUUUGUAACAGUUUUUUUAACAAAAUAUGCUGGUCACGUUUUUGAAUCUCCAGCAUUUCAUAAAGAUACCUCGAAGGCAACAUGGACUCUAGUGGAAACAUGGGCAAAGCACUCAGAAAACUAUGAAGAUUGGCGUAACAACCAAAAUGUUAGAAUCUCAAAAGUGGACCAAGAUACCUUGGCUUAUGGACCAUCAUUUACUCAAAUCUUCACAUCAGAAAAGAAGAAAGUCAUUCUAGAAGCAGAAUGGCUAAAGAACCGAGUACCUGUUACCUGUGUUGUGUUUGUUGAAAAACUUAAACUAGCCAUUGCUACCAAGGAUACAUGGGGAAAACAUUGCAAUAACCUGCUAUUUUUUUCUCAUCAUCUUAGUGAUAACUAUAUACCUGUGAUCAAUUUAGGAUUCAAAUACACCUCUUCUUGGCAAUUACUUUGCGAAGUGAUGAAUUAUAUUUGGAAAAAACAAAAUGAAAUAUCGUUACAGUGGCUCAUUUUUAUCAGAGAUGAUACCAUUGUUAUUCCAGAAAACUUACGCUACAUUUUAGCUCCACUAGAUUACAAGGAGCCUCAUUAUUUGGGACAUUCUGUUGUUCUUUGGGGUCAGCCUUAUAAUGUGGCUCAGGCUGGAUUUGUACUUAGUUAUGAAGUUCUACGAAGACUUAUGAAGCUGUUUGAUACUUCAGAAAAAUGUGCUGCUGGAGGCAAAUACUGGAAAAAGGAAGAUUACUACUUAGGAAAACAUCUUGCAUUACUUGGCAUUCAUCCAAUGGACACAAGAGAUUCAGAACAACGAGGAACCUUUCAUGCAUCAUCACUUAAUUCAUUACUUUGGGGUAUUGCUAAGCUUGAAAACUAUCAUACGCGGGCGCUUUAUCCAGUAGGACCUGAAUGCUGUUCGAAUAGAACCAUCACCUUUAAUAUUGGGGAUCCAGAUAAAAUGCGCACAAUGACUUAUAUGCUUUAUCAAUUGCGUCUUUUCGAAAGUGGAGUUUACGGAAAUAGACCAGCACCGACGCCAAUUCCAGAAGUUGAAGUAUGGAGAUCGGCGUUACAAGAAGAAUUCAAUAUGACUGAUGUAGGCGAAAUAUCGAGCGAUAAGUACUUCCAGAUUUGGAGAACAAAAUACUCAGAACCGGAACAGUUCAUAGCUAGGACUUUCCAAAAGAAGCCGGAAGCCGAGCAAUCUAACAGGGAAAUUCGCGACUCAAGAAUCAAAGCGCUGAACAAACUGUCCGCCAACUAACUAUAGUUCAAUUACGAAUCAAUAAGUAUUCUUACUCGAGGCAAUAGACUAUUUUUGUACGCAGAACUUAAUAAAUUAUUAUUUAUCACAAA